AUGUCUUCUUCAAUCGCCGACGAGCCACCGCGAAAACUCAACCGAGCAACGUCGCCGUCACUGCUCAACUCACUGCCGAUCGAACUCAUCUGGACAAUCACCGCCCGAGUCUCUCGACGCUCAUACCCAAUCCUCUCUUGCGUCUCCAAAAACUUCCGUUCUACUCUUCUUUCGCCGGAGAUUCACAAGAUCCGGUCUCUCCUCGACACAGAUUCUCUCUGCAUCUCCUUCACCGACGAAACCAAAAACGACCCGACCCGAAAUUGGUUCACUCUCCGCAGAAUCGAAAACAAUCCGACCCAGAACCAAUUCGUCUCCGUCUCUAUCCCAUUCGAUUACCGUUCCGAACCAAACCCUUCGAUUAUCGCAAUUGGUCCAGAGAUUUUCUUUAUCUGCGGAUCUUACAUUCCUUCUUCAAGAUUAUGGAUCUUUGAUACUCGAUCUCAAAGGUUUCGUCGAGGACCUAAUAUGCAAGUGGAUCGAUCUUACAAAAGCGUGGGAUUAGUCGGCGAUAAGGUAUAUGUGAUCGGAGGCGAUAGAGACUAUAAAGUUCAAGCGGAAACGUUCGACUUAAAGACACAAACUUGGGAACUAGCACCGAAUCCUGAGGAGGAAGAAGAGUGGAUUUCGUCUGCUAAUGUGUCAUUAGACAAGAAGGUUUAUGCUUUAACCUCUUAUGGUGAUAUAGCUCUUCACUAUGAUACUAGAGAUGGUUCUUGUGGGAGUUUUGAGUUGAUUAAGGAUAAAUGGUGGAGAACUGGUGUGUGUGUGAUGGACAAUAUGUUAUACGUUUAUUACGCGAGAUUCGGGUUGAUGUGGUAUGAUUUUGAGCUCAUGUUAUGGAGAGUGGUUUAUGGUUUGGAUGUUCUCAAGAGUGUUGGAUCUGUUGGAAUGGCGGAAUACUACGGAAAGUUGGCGUUUUUGUGGGAAGAAUCUUGUGAUGUUAGUAGUGAAACUAAGGAGAUUUGGUGUAGAAUGAUUGGUUUGGUUAGGAGUGAAAAAGGGAUUCAUGGGACUUCAGAACCGUCUCGACUUCUCGGGAUUGUACCUCGUGGCUAUAGAAUGCAGCAAUGUCUAUCUGUUUCGGAUUAA